GUGGACCACCAUCACAAAGCGGUGUGUGAGCUAUGCAUCAGCUGCAGAGUCACAACAACGUCUCACCUGAAAGACGGAGCACAAGGAGGUGAAGUGACUUGCUCAGGGUCACACAAUGAGUCAGUGGCUGAGCUGGGAUUUGAACCGGGGACCUCCUGGUUACAAGUCUGUUUCUUUAACCACUGGACCACACAGCCUCCUAAAAGGAACAAUAAGCUACUAACAACCAAGCUGCUACUAAGCAGAAUCCCGUGUGCUGCCAUGGACAGUGUGGAGAUGGAAUCUGUCCAGAUUAAAGAGGAGUUCUCUGAACCUGAACUUGUCCCCUUUAGAGCGGAGGUCGCUGGGCUGUCUUCCCUCCCCAUUAAACAGGAGCUCUGUGAGAUGCAGUGUGACAGCAGUCGGCCACAGGUCUCUGAGGUUAAAGCUGAGCACAGUGAAUUGGAGAUCUCUCAGACAGAAGAACCCCUUCCUGUGAAACAAGAAGAGGUGCUGGAAAUUAACCAUAUUAAACAGGAGCCCCCUGAAGUAGAGUUUGCCCACAUGGAACCAGGGAAGGAAGAAUCCGAGGACUUCAAACCAAACAUCCCUGAGCUGGAGAGAAUCUGUGUGAGAGAGCAAGGUGCUGGAGAGGAAGGCUCUCCCAACAGCAUGCAAGGAGGUGGACAGGGAGACAGGCGCUCACAUUCAGAAUGCAGUCUAGCAGGUUCCAGUCCAGCAGCUAAAGCGAGGGCAGGCGGUGGAGAAUAUCCUGACUGUGGGAAAGGUUUCAUGCAGAUAGGGCAUUUAAACAAAACCCAACGAACUCACACAGGCGAGAAACCGUAUCACUGCUCUGACUGUGGGAAGAGUUUCAAUCAUUUUAGAAACCUAAAACAACACCAGCGAAUUCACACAGGAGAGAAACCGUAUCACUGCUUUGACUGUGGGAAGAGUUUCAGUCAGUUAAACAGCCUUGUUUUACACGAGCGAACUCACACAGGAGAGAAACCGUAUCACUGCUCUGACUGUGUGAAGAGUUUCAGUCAGUCAAACAGCCUUGUUUUACACCAGCGAACUCACACAGGAGAGAAACCGUAUCACUGUUCUGACUGUGGGAAGAGUUUCAGUCGGUCAGACAGCCUUGUUUCACACCAGCGAACUCACACAGGAGAGAAACCGUAUCACUGUUCUGACUGUGGGAAGAAUUUCAGUCGGUCAGGCAGCCUUGUUUCACACCAACGAACUCACACAGGAGAGAAACCGUAUCGCUGCUCUGACUGUGGGAAGAGUUUCAGACAGUUAGGAAGCCUAAAAGAACACCAGCGAGUUCACACAGGAGAGAAACCGUAUCACUGUUCUGACUGUGGGAAGAGUUUCAGUCAGUUAGGAAGCCUAAAAGGACACCAACGAACUCACACAGGAAAGAAACCGUAUCACUGUUCUGACUGUGGGAAGAGUUUCAGUCAGUUAGGAAGCCUAAAAGGACACCAGCGAACUCACGCAGGAGAGAAACCAUAUCACUGCUCUGACUGUGGGAAGAGUUUCAGUUGGUCAGACAGCCUUGUUCCACACCAGCGAACUCACACAGGAGAGAAACCAUAUCACUGCUCGGACUGUGGGAAGAGUUUCAGUCGGUCAGACCACCUUGUUUCACACCAGCGAACUCACACAGGAGAGAAACCGUAUCACUGUUCUGACUGUGGGAAGAAUUUCAGUCGGUCAGACAGCCUUGUUUCACACCAGCGAACUCACACAGGAGAGAAACCGUAUCACUGUUUUGACUGUGGGAAGAGUUUCAGACAGUCAAACAGCCUUGUUUCACACCAGCGAACUCACACAGGAGAGAAACCGUAUCACUGUUUUGACUGUGGGAAGAGUUUCAGACAGUCAAACAGCCUUGUUUCACACCAGCGAACUCACACAGGAGAGAAACCAUAUCACUGCUCUGACUGUGGGAAGAGUUUCAGACAGUUAGGAAGCCUAAAAGAACACCAGCGAACUCACACAGGAGAGAAACCGUAUCACUGUUCUGACUGUGGGAAGAGUUUCAGUCGGUCAGACAGCCUUGUUUUACACCAGCGAACUCACACAGGAGCUAAACCGUAUCACUGCUCUUGCUGUGGGAAGAGGUUCAGUCAUUUAGGAAGCCUAAAAAAACACCAGCGAGUUCACACAGGAGAGAAACUGUGUUGCUGCUCUGACUGUAGGAAGAGUUUCCGUCUUAAACAAGCCAUUCAAAAACACCAGCGAAUUCACAGAGGAGAGAAACCUUAAAGACUGUUUUGUAUAUCACUCUUAACCCUUUGCGGUCCAUUUUUUCAGCAUGUAUGUUUUGUGUAUCACUCUUAAGAGCAUGCAUUUUAAAUUAUAAAAAUGCAAAUCCACUCUCUUGCUCUCUGUCAAAGUGGGCGGUGACGCUGACACGUCACAAGAGGCUUCUCUGCUGUCAGUUUAACUCAGGCUGUCAAUGCAGUCAGUGCCUGGGAGCGAGAAUAUGCAGAAAGGAAACUAUUCCACACCUCAUCUGAUGGACGAGUUGGGAUAAAUCAAUAACUCAGUGUGGAAAUGAGUUUCAGAGUUUAACAUUUGAACUUCAUUAACUUGAAAAUAAAUAAAUUGAUGGUAAUGAGUAUUCAGACCCCUGAUGUAGCAUCCCAGAGACGAGACAGCAACCGCCUGGAGGAUGGGUCUUGGAAAUUCAUCACGAUUCAAAAACAUAUGAAAACUGAUAGUGUUGCAUGACUGUAUUAUGACAUGAAUGAGUGAAUAUUGCAUGACGUGUCGCUUUGCAGUGUGCAUUGUCCAUGCUUGUGUUUGUGUUGCCUUUGUAAAGUGCCUCGAGUAAUAGCAGUGCAGCAGGCAUGUGUACGGAUCUUGGGUACAGAAAGUCAUAACGGUUUCAUCCCUGGCUCUUUCUUGCUCUUUUGCAAUAUCUUGCACUUGGUGACAAAUUCCCAAUGAAAAUGUAGCUGAGCUAUGACUAUUAAUCAGGGUUCGUACGCUAGUCUGGAGUCUGGAAAAUGUAUGGAAAAAUGCAAAACUGGCUUGAAAAUGCUUGAAAAACCACGUCUCCGUUAUGAAAGUCUUGAAAAAGUCUGGAAUUUUACUAGCAUCACGGGAGAAUGAAAAUGAUUCUGCGAUUACUUUUAUUAUUAAUAAUAAUUGAUCUCUAAAGCGGGUCAGCAGCUCUAGCAGUAACUGUCUAGACAGUUUACUAGUAGCAGCUAUGUUGCUUGUGACCAAAUCCCGCAAGGAUUGCCCCGUGUAACACCCCUGACAACGCCCUCACAACUCAAAAGCAAUCCUAUCCAGUCAGCGCACUGGUAUAUGUCACAUGACUGUCUGCUCCAGUGAAACGAAGGGUAAAAUGGAGUCUACGACAGCCAAGGCUAUGAUUUUUACAGACUGGAAUUGCAAGCUACUGUACUCUGCUCACCGAGAUUCACAUUGUGUUAUCUUGUUGUUACCUUUAUUAAAUCGUUAAUGUUAUUUCCCAACCCAGGAAAAAAAAAAAUCGAAUACGAUAGUUAGGGUGUAUUCAAACUGGGUUCAUUUCAAACAUCCUCAGUUUGGUUCGUUUGUUUUGAAGCAUUGUAUCAAUGUGCUAGCUGUUCACACUUGCCUUGUAUACAAACGUACUGAGUUUGUUUGGAAAUUAACUGGGGCUCGUUUUCGUGGUUCACUUCCGUGUUUUCCCAGGACUCAGUUCACUUGUGUUCAUAUUGAAAUUAUCAGGGCAGCAGUGUGGAGUAGUGGUUAUGGCUCUGGACUCUUGACCGGAGGGUUGUGGGUUCAAUCCCCAGUGGGGGACACUGCUGCUGUACCCUUGAGCAAGGUACUUUACCUAGAUUGCUCCAGUAAAAACCCAACUGUAUAAAUGGGUAAUUGUAUGUAAAAGUAAUGUGUAAAAAAAAUAAAUAAAUAAUUGUAUGUAAAAAUAAUGUGAUAUCAUGUAACAAUUGUAAGUCGCCCUGGAUAAGAGUGUCUGCUAAGAAAUAAAUAAAUAAAUGAAUAAUAUUAAUAAUAAUAAUAAUAAUAAUCAAGUGAACUCGUUUUUUAUUAAUAAAAGACCAUCGGAUGUUUACAUUUUCUGGCAUUGCUUCUUCACACUAUGUAAAUAUUCAAU